AUGGCUCCUUUUCUCCGCUGCAUAUUGAUACUUUUGGCUCUUAUCACUGCGACCAUCUCCGUCCCUACAAGCGAGUCCUACUCUCAUCCCUCCUCUCAAAACAAAGUCGGCUUCAUUCCCCGAGAAAGGCCGACAGGGUCAUUCCGCAGGCUUCGAGAUGCUAUUAUCGAACGAAUAUGGUCUGUUCCGAGCAGAUAUUCCCACAAGUCCUCAUCCAUAUCCGGAGCAGCCAGGGCGCCAGAAAACUUCCGCGCUCGCUAUGGUGGUGACGUCGUCCUCCGUUUCCAAGUCAAGAGCGAAGAUGAGGCGAGGGCAAUUUCAGAGGCAGCGGAUAUCUUAUACUUGGACAUAUGGGAAACAACCAACGAAUGGAUCGAUAUACGAGUAGCAAAAGAAGUGGUCCCCUCCUUUGUUGGUCUUCUACCGCCGUCCUUACACGAUUCAUACGUUCCCUUGAUGCACGAUCUGGCCCGUGCCGUCUACGACACAUAUCCUGAAUCACCUCUCGUCAACGAGAAGAUCUCGAGCCUCACAACCCCACAUGACUGGAGGAUGAAGGGCAACACGCCCCAUGAUCUAUUCUUCCAAGACUAUCAACCGCUGUCGGUCCUAUAUCCUUGGCUACGACUGCUUGCCUCGCUCUUCCCUACACACGCCUCACUGAUGAGUAUUGGCAAAUCGGCUGAGGGUCGCGACAUCCCCGCGUUGCGCAUUGGAGCGCAGAUGGACAGUAGCUCGGCAGAGUCGCAUGAUUCCAAGCAUACAAUACUAAUAGUGGGUGGGAGCCAUGCUCGCGAAUGGAUCUCGGUCUCGACUGUGGCCUACAUCGCCUACAGCCUCGUCACACGAUAUGGCCACGUCCAGUUUCCCGAGGUUACUAAGAUCCUGAAUCACUUCGACCUGGUUUUCGUUCCCGUGCUGAACCCUGAUGGAUACGAGUAUACCUGGACGUCUGACAGAUUGUGGCGCAAAAAUCGACAGGCCACUUCUAUUCCGUUCUGCGCAGGUAUCGACCUCGACCGCGCCUUUCGAUACGAAUGGGACGGUUAUGGUAACUCGGACAACGCUUGUAGUGACGACUAUGCCGGCCCCGGACCGUUGGCUGCAGUCGAAGCUCAAAUGUUGACUGGGUGGGCUCGAAACUUGACCGAAAACAAUAAUGUCACGUUCGUGUCAUAUCUAGACUUCCACUCAUACUCUCAGCAAGUGCUCUACCCGUACAGCUACACUUGCGAUGCAGCACCCCCAAAUCUUGAAGACCUGGAAGAGGUUGCUCUUGGGAUUGCGAAGUCUUUGCGAUUGACCAACGGACACUAUUAUGGAGUCGAAAGCGCCUGUCAAGGUAGCAUGGUCUUUCAGGAUCAGGAGAGAAAACCGCGGGUUCAGAUCGAGCCACAGGGUGGGUCAGCCUUGGAUUUCUUCUACCAUGAUCUGGACGUAAAACUUGCAUUCCAAAUCAAGCUGAGAGAUACUGGAACUUAUGGGUUUUUGCUGCCGAAGUCACACAUUCUUCCCACGGGCCAAGAAGCUUAUGAGGGCGUGGUUGGCCUAGGACGAUGGAUGUUGGGUAAUCACGGCAUUGAGCGAGCUGACGACUCGCCCUCAGUUUGGGGGAGUGAAGAUUUGACCGAUCAUCAGAAGGCAGCGGCCGUCCACGAGCAUGAAAUGCCAGUCACACUUGAGGAAGAGGACGACGAAUUUGACGAGAAUGAUUUUGAAUUAAAACGGCGACGGCGUCGGUGA